AUGUUCGAAUUACCUGACAUUUCAGCAUUGGGAGGUUUAUCGUAUGAAGAGAAAGCAGGAGUAUUGGACAAUUUGUUUGAACCUUGUGAAACUUUAACAAAAGUUCUAAUUGAAAGAUUAUUCACUGGUAAACUGUUCAAUAGUUAUAAAGAAUUAAUAGAGACUUCGAGAUUUGAAUUGCUUGAGUAUUUAAAAGAAGCUGAAAAUGAAUCAAGAACUUCUGGUGAUGAAAUAAGACCUGAAAUAUCAAAGAUUAUCGCAGCUCAUCCAAGACUUGGAGCUCCAAAGACCACUAAGUUGUCAGAUCAUUCAUCAAGUGAACAGAAAUCUUUACAAGGAUCCUCUGAAGAAAGUGAAAAAUUGGCUCAAUUAAACAAAGAAUACGAAUCUACUUUCCCAGGUCUUCGAUAUGUGGUGUUUGUGAAUGGAAGAUCUAGAGCUGUUGUAAUGGACAAUAUGAGACAAAGAAUAGAUAGGAAUGAUAUUAAGUUAGAAAGAAUUGAGGCAUUCAAUGCAAUGUGUGACAUUGCUCUCGAUAGAGCUAAGAAAUUGGGAGCUAAGUUAUAG